CCAGCGUCAUCCAAAUCAUUAACUUCAUCAGCAACAGUAGGACAUCCACUCAGACAACCGCAACGAAGGUAAGCUCUUGAUUAUCCUUCCUCUUCUUCUCGCCAACAGACGCGUCGCUUCAUCAUCUUCCCAAAACAAGCACCGUUCCUCAUUCACUCUCUCUCCCCCUCCCGCUCUCGCUAGGGUUCCGCGGCGGUUUCGUAUAUAAAGCCAGCUUCAUGAAUCGGUCCGCCCUGCUUCGCAUUCCGAAUCGCCGCCGGCAGAGAACGAGGAACGGAGUGACUAGCAGCACUGGAGAUCGUCCGCUCGGUGACUCGCGAGUCGUCGAGAAGACAUGAAGAGCAGCAGGACCAAGAGUUCGAAGCGCGUGUCGUGGGCUUCGGGCGAUAAGCUUUGUCAGUUGCUGCAGAUAUCGGAUUUGAAUGGUGCGAAAUUUGACGCCGUGCCCCCGGGAUAUGGAGGCAGCUCUCCGACAAAGCAAUCAAGAGAGCGUAUUCGAGUCCCUUGCAUUCAUUGGAGCUGCCCUCCCAAAUUUGCUGUGAGAAGCAACUGGCUUGUUGCCACUGGUGAAGAAAGUGAAGAGGCAAGAGCUGAAGACGGUCGAGCGUUGAGAGUGCUCGAGGAGUUUUACCCGCAGUCAAUAUAUAUACCAACUAACCCGUUUGUAUCAUCUGAUGUCGCACGCGAAGACUAUGAUGAUACCCUCACACCAAUCAUUCCCAUCAUCGGUGUUGAAGAUACAGACACCAGUAAACAGGAAAAUAAAACUUCUAUCGAAGAGAAGCAGAUGAAAAGUUCAGGAGUUGAGACUAUCUCUGUUGGAGAUGUAGAGUUAUCUGUUGAAGAUGCAGAGUUAGCUGCUGCUGCAGCGGUGAUGUUUUUCACUGUCCUCGUGAAGAACAGUGAGCAGGGAAAUAAGGUUGACACCGAUCUGCUCGUCAAAUUCCUGAAUGACCCCCAACUGUUUGGGAAGUUUUUGAAGAAUGAAACUCAAUCGCCUGAGUCAAAGCAAGCUAUUCCCCAAAUUUCUCAGUCAAGUACCCCACUUUCUCUACCAGAGUCAAAGCAGACAACUCUUUCACUUCCCAUGUCAAGCCCGGAACUUCCCCCGGCCGAAUCAAAGCUAAUUGGUAGUCCCGAAGUUUUACCGUCUGAGUUGAAACAAAUGUGUGCACCAAAUCUCCUGUCAAACUCAGAACCUUCGGUAACCAAGUCAAGGCUAUGUCACCCACCAAUUACCCUGGCAAGCCCAAAACAUGUUAUACCUGUAUCAGAGGAAAAAAGUUCACUAGCUCCUCCAUCGAGCCCCAAUAUGUCGCUCCUCCAUUCAAAGAAAAAUCAACCACUGACUUCCCCAGCAAGCCCCAAAGUUGUGUUACCCGUGUCACAACAUAUUCUUCCACCAAUACCUCCGUCAAGCCCUGAAGCUUCCCAACCUGUUACCAAACAAAUAUGUCCAUCGAUUCCCAUUUCAAUACCCAAACAGUUGCUAACCGAAUCAAAGCAAGAAACUCCAAUUCCUCUAUCAAGCCCCGAGCUUUCGCUACCUCAACCCAAGCAAACAUGUCCACCAAGUUCUGUGUCAAGCUGUGAGCUGCUAUUGUUUGAACCAAAGCGGAUAACUCCCCCAAUUGGUCCGUCUCUGAAAUUUCUGCCGCCGACCCCUGCUAAUGCAAUCUUUUCUGUACCAAACCAGAUGCAACCUCCAUUCAGGGCACCACAAGCUUGGCCAGUUGUUGUUCCAUUGCCUGGGUUAGGUGGAGUGAACGCUCAGAGUUCUACUCCCCCCAUUCAGUUUGCUGGUCCUCCAUUAGCAACUUCAUGGGCUGUGCCACAUCGACCAACUUUCACCUAUAAAGCGAGUCGUCUACCGACUCCUGUUCCAGUCCCAAUUAUGGCUGCAGGAAGAGCGCAUCCUAUGGAUGUUCUACCGACUGCGCUGAUUCCAACUUCCUGCACCAUGCCAGUUCGGCCGACUUUCGCUCAUGAGGUGAGUAUUCUACCUGGUCCUACUCCCAACCCCACUAUGUGGGCACCAACAGCACCAACAGCACAUCCUGGGAGUGCUUUACUGUCUCCGCCAAUACCACCUUCCAGCACUACAGCACGGCCACCUUUCACUUAUAAGGUAAGCACGCUACCAAGUCCUGCUUCUGUCCCAACUACGGAGGCAGUGAGACCACACAAUGUGAAAGAUGCUAACUACUAUAAGGACUUGGUAAGAAAACAUGGAGGAGAGAAGCCAGAAAACUUGGUGCACAUUGCACCAAAUGGGGUAAAUCAGAAUCAACUGCAAAAUCUGAAAAUGGAUCAAAAUCUAGGACCUAAUGAAGCGAUGACACUCAAGAAUGAGAAGAUGAUUUGCAUGUUCUUUAAUACUGCGAAGGGUUGCCGAAACGGGUCCAAUUGCUCUUAUCUGCAUGAAAUGCCUCCUCAGCAGGGGAGUGACGAUCCAGCUGGGGAACAAAGUGCAAAGAGGAUGAAAUUUGGUGGUUAAAGACGUAAGAACAAGUAUUUUCUUUGUCGGAUCAUAGAAGGAUUAAUUAAUCGGAACCGGAGGGAGGACCAAUUUUAUUACCUAGUUAAAUUAUUUCGUGAGCAGAUUUGACUCUGAUUCUUUGGGUGUGUUAGACUGGAAUCCCUGCUUGCCUUUUGCAUAUUUCAUAUGAUGGAAACUAAUUUUCGGAGUAAGCGUAUCGGCAGCAAUUACAUUCAUCGUUGGUUGGAUUUGGAUUUUUAUCAUAGGAAACUAAUUUUCGGGUUGAGCGUAUCUGCAGCGAUUACAUUUAAA